AUGGUAAGCUGCUCCAGACCACUUACAAAAAUAGACAGCUUCUCGUUAACUCCGCUGCCUACAGAGCUCUAUCUUCGACAUAAGUAUGCCCUUGUUUACCCUCCCAAUACUCCCAAUGAUCCAGCUGGCAUCCCUCUAACCCUUCCCCCUCUUCUCGAAUCAACAGAUGGCGGUGCCUGCGUCGCCAUGGUCGGCAAAGACUGCGUCGCCAUAGCCUGUGACUUGCGAUUAGGUCUCCAAGCCCUCACUGUCUCCAACAACUUCCCCAAGAUCUUCAACUACGCCCCCUCGACGUAUCUAGGCCUAACCGGCCUGGCUACGGAUGUCUCCACCGUCUCAGACGUCCUCCGCUUCAAAGUCAACAUGUACCGCCUGCGCGAGGAACGACAGAUCUCCCCCCAGACACUGGCUAACCUCGUCAGCUCGAGUUUGUAUGAGAAACGUUUUGGGCCUUACUUUGUCAGUCCUGUGUUGGCGGGCAUAAAUAAUACGACUGGGGAGCCGUUCAUAUGCGGUUUUGAUAGUAUCGGGUGCAUUGAUUUUGCGAAAGACUUUAUUGUUAGCGGUACUGCAAGUGAACAACUGUUUGGUACUUGCGAGGGAUUGUGGGAGCCGGAUCUUGGACCGGAGGACCUCUUUGAGACCAUCUCGCAAGCCCUAUUGAACGCGGUUGAUAGAGAUGCUCUUUCAGGAUGGGGAGCGCAUGUUUACAUCAUAGAGAAGGACAAAGUCACAAAACGAUUGCUCAAGGGCCGACAAGACUAA